UCCUAAAAUACAAACUCUGGAAUCUCUCUCCAAUCCCAACUCGCGCCAUUAACUCACUGAGCCAACCCGCCUCUAAAUCCCAUACCCUAGCAGCCUUCCCCCCAUGGAGAUCGACUCCGCGGUGGAGCCACCGCCACAACAACAUCCGAGCACCGCCGAAGCCCCCCCCGAGAGCGUAAACCAGACACAAUCUCCAUCCGGUUCGAUGGGGAUAGAGGAGAGUUACGGAGCGGCGGCGGCGAGGUUUGAUGAUGACGAGGAAGAGGAGGGGGAUGUUUGCAGGAUAUGUAGGAAUCCAGGAGAUGCGGAGAAUCCGUUACGGUAUCCUUGCGCUUGCAGUGGUAGUAUUAAGUUUGUUCACCAGGAUUGUCUCCUUCAGUGGCUCAAUCAUAGUAAUGCUCGCCAAUGCGAGGUUUGCAAACAUCCAUUUUCUUUCUCUCCUGUUUAUUCUGAGAAUGCCCCGGCAAGGCUUCCUUUUCAGGAGUUUGUAGUAGGGAUGGCAAUGAAGACUUGCCAUGUUCUGCAAUUCUUUUUGCGUCUCAGUUUCGUGCUUUCUGUCUGGCUUCUAAUUAUACCCUUCAUAACGUUUUGGAUAUGGAGGUUGGCUUUUGUGAGGAGUUUUGUUGAAGCCCAGAGAUUAUUCUUAAGUCAUAUCUCCACUACUGUUAUUCUUACCGAUUGUCUGCAUGGGUUCCUGCUUUCUGCGAGUAUUGUUUUCAUUUUUCUUGGUGCAACUUCUUUAAGAGAUUAUUUUAGGCAUUUAAGAGAGCUUGGAGGACAGGAUGCUGAGAGAGAAGAUGAUGGAGACCAAAAUGGUGCCCGUGCUGCAAGACAACAACCAGGACAGGCUAAUAGAAAUGUUGCUGGUGAGGCAAACGCUGAAGAUGCUGGUGGAGCACAAGGAAUUGCUGGGGGUGGUCAAAUAAUCCAAAGGAAUGUGGAGAAUGUUGCUGCUCGAUGGGAGAUGCAGGCAGCUCGUCUCGAGGCUCAUGUUGAGCAGAUGUUUGAUGGUUUAGAUGAUGCUGAUGGUGCAGAGGAUGUGCCCUUUGAUGAGCUUGUGGGCAUGCAGGGUCCUGUUUUCCAUUUAGUUGAAAAUGCAUUCACUGUUUUGGCUAGCAAUAUGAUAUUCCUUGGUGCUGUAAUCUUCGUGCCAUUUUCAUUGGGACGGAUUAUCCUAUACUACAUAUCAUGGCUUUUCUCUUUUGCAAGUGUUCCUGUGCUGUCAACAGUCAUGCCUCUUACUGAUACUGCCCUCUCCUUAGCAAAUAUCACCUUGAAGAAUGCAUUAACUGCUGUUGCAAAUUUGACAUCUGAAGGUGAAGACAGUGGGGUUCUUGGUGAGGUUGCAGACAUGUUAAAUGCAAAUGUCAGUGGACUAAAUGAAGUUGCAAAUAACUUAAGCAGUCCACUUUCUUCAGAUCUCCUAAAAGGGGCAAGUGUUGGCACAUCACGGCUUUCUGAUGUCACAACUCUUGCUAUUGGAUACAUGUUUAUAUUCUCUUUAGUCUUCUUCUAUCUUGGUAUUAUUGCUUUAAUUCGGUACACUAGGGGUGAACCUUUGACUAUGGGGAGAUUUUAUGGUAUUGCUUCUAUAGCAGAGACAAUUCCAUCCCUCUUCAGGCAGUUCUUGGCAGCCAUGAGACACUUGAUGACCAUGAUUAAGGUUGCCUUCCUUCUGGUUAUCGAACUUGGGGUGUUUCCUUUGAUGUGUGGAUGGUGGUUGGAUGUUUGUACCAUAAGGAUGUUUGGAAAGUCUAUGGCUCAAAGGGUUCAAUUCUUCGUGAUUUCUCCUUUAGCAAGCUCAUUAGUUCAUUGGGUUGUAGGAAUUGUUUACAUGUUACAUAUAAGCAUUUUCGUGAGCCUUCUUCGUGGGGUUUUGCGUCAAGGGGUUUUGUAUUUUCUUCGAGAUCCAGCAGAUCCUAACUACAACCCGUUCCGUGAUUUAAUUGAUGAUCCUGUGCACAAGCAUGCUCGCAGAGUUUUAUUGUCUGUUGCUGUUUAUGGAAGUCUAAUUGUGAUGCUUGUAUUCUUACCCGUUAAACUUGCUAUGAGAAUGGCACCUUCUAUUUUUCCACUGGACAUAUUGGUAUCCGACCCAUUUACUGAAAUUCCGGCUGACAUGCUUCUCUUUCAAAUCUGCAUCCCAUUUGCCAUUGAACAUUUUAAGUUGCGGACCACAAUCAAGUCCCUUCUCCACUACUGGUUUACGGCAGUUGGCUGGGCACUUGGCUUAACAGAUUUCAUACUGCCUGGACCUGAGGACAGUGGUGUUCAAGACAAUGGAAACGCGGAGCAAGGAAGACAGGAUAGACUACAGGUAGCUCAACUCGGUGGACAGGAUCGGGCUGUAGUGGCCCUUGCAGCCGCAGAUGACCAAAACAGGACCACUCUUACAGCAGGAAGUUCUGCGGAGGAGGAUGAUAGUGAUGAACAAUCUGAUUCAGAUAGGUACAGCUUUGCUCUUCGUAUCGUCCUCUUGCUGGUGGUGGCAUGGAUGUCUUUACUUAUCUUCAACUCCGUGUUGAUAGUUGUUCCGAUAUCACUUGGGCGUGCUCUUUUCAAUGCCAUUCCUCUUCUGCCAAUAACUCAUGGCAUCAAGUGCAACGAUCUUUAUGCUUUUGUAAUUGGAAGUUAUGUCAUUUGGACGGCUUUAGCUGGAGCAAGAUACUCCAUUGAGCAAAUUAGAACCAAGAGGGCAACAGUGUUGUUUAGCCAAGUAUGGAAGUGGUGUAGCAUUGUUCUUAAGAGCUUGGCUCUUUUGUCAAUAUGGAUCUUUGUUAUCCCAGUGUUGAUUGGGCUUCUCUUUGAGCUUUUGGUAAUUGUGCCAUUGCGGGUGCCUGUAGAUGAAAGCCCAGUUUUCCUUUUGUAUCAGGAUUGGGCAUUGGGGCUCAUCUUUCUUAAGAUCUGUACUCGGCUGGUUAUGUUGGACCAGGUGAUGCCACUGGUGGAUGAAAGUUGGCGAACGAAAUUUGAAAGGGUGAGAGAAGAUGGUUUCUCAAGGCUGCAAUGCCUUUGGGUACUGCAGGAGAUUGUGUUCCCAAUAAUAAUGAAGCUGCUAACAGCCUUGUGCGUACCUUAUGUCUUAGCAAGAGGAGUAUUUCCUGUGCUUGGGUACCCUAUGGCAGUAAACUCAGCAGUGUACCGAUUUGCAUGGCUGGGAUGUCUCUGCUUCAGCCUGCUGUGCUUUUGUGCCAAGAGAUUCCAUGUCUGGUUCACCAACCUUCACAAUUCAAUUCGUGAUGAUCGCUAUCUCAUUGGACGCAAGCUACAUAACUAUGGGGAGGAUCUAGGAGAGGAGCAAAAUGAGGCAGGGACUUCCUCCGAAGCACAAAAUUCAAAUUCACAGGACACUGGUUUGAUUCGAGAAGCUGAUGUGGGAAUUAGACAAAGACGUGCUAAUCGACAGGAAGCUUAAUUUAUGUACAAGUUUUGAUGUUUCUGAGGCCAGUACCAGUAAUGGGAUGCAUGGCCUAAUUAUAUGUCUAUAGGAUGUACCAUUGGGAGUCUUAGGAAUUGUGAUCGUUGCUUUAUAGUUGUUUUUUGUGCAUAUAUUAUACAAUGUUAGAUUAGAAAUUAGAAGAGAACACCAAAGCGUUUUAAUUUUAAUGAGAUCCCUUUUGCUGCUUUUUCUCCUUA